CCCGAUCUCGCCGCCAUGUCGAAUUCAGGCGUUGUGCAGUACGACAAUAUCUUCCACAACCUCGAGCAGAACGCAGGCAGGCUUCGCUUUACCAAGGGAGGAUUGGGAUGGAAGCCCACAGCAGACAGCUCGGGCGCAGCAGGCUCGUCGUCGCAGACGCAUACACUUGAGGCAGAGCGAUUCAGGUCCUUCCAGUGGUACAAGGCAGCGCGAGGAUACCAGCUGCGCAUCAACAUCGACAGCGAAUCAGAGACAGAGCCGCCCCGCGACUGCUUUGAUGGGUUCAAAAAGGAAGACUACGAGAGGGUGGCGGAUAUGGUGAGGGACCUAUACGAUGCGACGCUUGAGGCGGUCGAGACUUCGACGCGAGGGUGGAACUGGGGCAAGGCAGAGAUUGAGGACAGCGAUGUGCGGUUCUACGUAAAAGACAAGCUGGCAUUUGAGGUACCCGUCGCCCACAUCGCGAACUCAAACAUUGCAGGCAAGACCGAAGUCAGCAUGGAAUUUGUCCACCCUGAAAGUCAGCAGCCAGCGACCAACACUGGCGCAACAAGCGGCAGCGGCAACAAGUCGGGCAAAAAGAUCCGCGGCGAUCAGUUGGUAGAGAUGAGGCUGCAUGUACCCGGCACAGUAGACAAGAGCGGCGGCGACGAUGAUGACGCAGAGGCUGAUGGCGAGGACGGCGGCGAGGAAGAUACGGCCGCCAAUGUCUUUCACGACCGUAUCAAGCGCAAGGCGGACAUUGGCCAGGCAGCAGGCGAUAGUAUCAUCGUCUUCAAGGAGGUUCUCGUCCUCACGCCGCGCGGCCGCUAUGACAUCGACAUGUUCCCCACCUUCUUGCGCCUCCGCGGAAAGACGUACGACUACAAGGUCCUCUAUCAAUCGAUCAACCGCCUCUUCCUCCUGCCCAAGGCGGACGAAGUGCACGUUCAGUUCGUCAUCGGCCUCGAUCCUCCCAUUCGCCAAGGUCAGACCCGCUACCCGUACUUGGUACUGCAGUUCCCUCGCGAAGAAGAGAUGGACGCCGAGCUCAACUUGGAUGACGAGACGAUCCAAUCCAAGUACGAGGGCAAGCUCAAGCGUCGAUACGAAGAGCCAACAUUCAAGGUCGUCACCAACCUCUUCAAGGUCCUCUCCGGCCAGAAGCUCACGGUCCCCGGCUCCUUCUCCAGCUCGGGCGAGCAUGCUAGCGUCAAGUGCAACGUCAAGGCUACCGAGGGUUUGCUAUACCCGCUGGACAAGGCCAUGCUUUGGGUCAGCAAGCAACCUAUCCACGUUCCGUACAGCGAUGUGCAUCAAGUCAUCUUCUCUCGCGUUGGGCUGGGAGGCAGCACAGCUGGCGUGACCUCGUCCAAGACCUUCGACCUGCGCGUCAACACCCGCUCGGGCACAGAACAUACUUUCGCAUCGAUCAACCGCGAAGAGCACGAUCGCCUCAAUGCUCACUUCAUCGAGCGCAAGCUCCGCGUCAAGAACGAGAUGAACGAGAGCGAGCUCGGCCUUGCACAGGCAUUGAACGAUGAGUCCUCUUCGGACGAGGCGGAGGACAGUGACACUGGCAAGAAGAGCAGAAAGUCCGCUGCAGGGGGCAAGGCCGCUGCCGCUGCUGCUGGAGAAGACGAUGAUGAGGACUCGGAGGAGGACGAGGACUUCCAGGCUUCGUCGGAUGAUGAUGGUGGGUCGCCGAGUGAGGCGUCGGAUGAGGAGUCGGAUGCGACUAUGGCUGAUGGCGAUGACGAUGAUGAUGAGAGGCCGGCAAAGAAGAAGAAGUCGAGCAAGUAGGCGCGAGGACGUAGAGUUGCUUUCCUGUAGUCAUCAGUCAAUUUGAGUCAAUGCGCUGCUCGAUGCGGUGAUCGGCAU